UCCGUGUGCUUCCCGCUGCCUUCGGGAGCGUGGGAACCUCGCGAGUGGGCGGCUUCCUGCGGGGGCGGGGCGGCGUGCGGCGUUGGGGGCGUUUCCGGGAAGUUCGAUCCCGGCUAAAUGUACAGAAAGUGAGACACCCUCCGAUGCGGCUGGAAGUUGGGUUCUGCCGGGGCUUCCGCUUGCAGCCUCUGUGCCGCGAGCGGUCCGGUUCGGGAGAAGAGUGAAUCUUGGAACAGCACAUGAGAAAGAGUGAGGAAAUGAGAAAACACCUAACACAUCCAGAAAUCAGAGCCACCUUCCAAGAGCCAGGCUGAAUCAUCCUUCAAGUCCAGAGGAGGGGAAGCCAGUUCAAGGGGAACCAAUUCAGAUUUUAUUAAUUUGUUGGAGAGAGAGAAAAUGUGUGUGUGAGUGGACCGAGGGGCAGAGAGAGAGGGAAAGGGAGAGAAUCUCAAGCCCACUCCAGACUGAGCUCAGAGCUUGACACGGGGCUUAAUAUCACAACCCUGAGAUCAUGACCUGAGCCAAAACCGAUGCUUCAUCUACUGAGCCAUCCAGGUGCUCCAGAGAAAACACACGCUUUAAAAACAGACCUCAAAAGAUAAAUAUGAAUUUAGAUUCCAUCCAUCGGUUAAUUGAGGAAACACAAAUCUUCCAGAUGCAACAGUCAUCAACAAAACCGCCUUGUGACAUGGUAGCACCUGCUUCCCUGCCCAGGGACACUUGUCAUUACUGUUUGCCACUUCAGGGGCUGCAGUCACAUUCUGCUCACAACAUCUAUGCACACUCAUGCAGCACCAGUGAGUGGAAUAUCUGUGAAGAGCUUCGCCUGCGGGAACUUGAAGAAGUCAAGGCCAGAGCUGCCCAGAUGGAGAAGACCAUGCGGUGGUGGUCAGACUGCACUGCCAACUGGAGAGAAAAGUGGAGUAAAGUUCGGGCUGAAAGGAACAGCGCCAGGGAGGAGGGAAGACAGCUCAGAAUAAAAUUAGAGAUGACGAUGAAAGAAUUGAGUGCAUUGAAAAAGAAACAAAGUUUGCCACAUCAAAAAGUGUUAGAAAUCACCCAGGACCUGAAGCAUCCUGGUUUCAUAGAAGUGCCCUCUGCAAGAGGAGAACAAUUUCAAAUUGCUCCCCAAACAUGUAAGUCUAUCAGAGAACAUCUGGUGAAAAGAGAAUUUCCUACAAAGGACAGCACGGAUAGUAAGGAAGAAGGUUUAAUUAUUGACCAGUUAAGAUUAAAUGAGGAGAUGAAACUCAAUCUUGACUGUUCUAAUUCAUUAAAAAAUGGUGGUUCUGAAAAUUGCACACUGAAAUCUGCAUUAAGAUUGCAAGCAAUAAACCUGCCUUUGGAGAGUAAAGUGCCUGAAAUUUCAGCUUUGCAGUUGCAUCUGGAUGAGUGCCAGAAAAUUUUAUGGAAAGAAAGAGAAAUACGCUCCUCUUUGGAGAAAGAAAUAGAACAACUGGAGUCAGCUUUGUCUGUAUGGAAAUGGAAAUAUGAAGAACUGAAAGAAUCAAAGCCAAAAAAUCUGAAAGAGCUUAACAUUAUUCCUGGUCAGCAUGAAAAUGAAAUGGAAGAAAUAUCAGGAGAUAUAAAGGAAGAAUCAAAAUCUCAAAAGAGCAAGGAUAGACUGAUCUCUGAGUUAAGAGCUGAGCUAGAGAGAUUGCAGGCUGAAAAUAUCUCGGAGUGGGACAAGAGGGAAAUACUUGAAACAGAAAAGCAAGGACUGGAAAAAGAAAAUAGAAAACUCAAGGCUCAAGUGAAAGAAAUGGAAGAGCUCCUGGGUGGGAAAAACAGAUUCAGCACAAACUCUCAAAGUUCUGAUUUCAAGACAUCACGAGUUGAUCUGCAGGAACAAAGCAAGAUUCUAGGCUGGAAAGAUUAUGAAGACAUCCCACUGUGGAUGCCCUGGAGCAGAGUUGGACCAGAUUGACCAGGAGGACUUGCCAGAAUACUCCAUGCUCAACAUGUCAGUUAAAUUUCUGUGACAAAAAUCAGUCCUGUUCAGUUGCUAACAGAAGUAUGUAGCACAACUGAUUAUCAACUGCUUUCAGUUAAAUUUAAAGAUUUAUAAUACAAGUGAAAAUAGGAUUUAUGUGCUGUCAUGUGCAAUUCUAAUGAGCUUUGCUUUUCUAGCCUUUAUAUUAUUUUCCUUUCUUUGCAAUGGUAGAAGUGAGUAAUUUCCAGAAAUUGCAGGGUUUUUUAUUUUUUGGGGAGGGGGCACGUUUAGCUAAAACCAUUGUCUUCAUAUUACCAGACUUGGACUAUAGCUCGGACCUUGUUAUAUUCCCAGUUUGAUUAGAUUAUAAAGAUACAGUUUGAACAAAUUUUUCUUGAAUCAUAAAUUUUGGGGAAUCUACCCAGGUUUUAGCCAGAUUGCCUGGAGCUUUAAUAGAGUAGCAGUAGGAACAAAGCAAUUACUAUCUACUCACAGUAUAUAUUGAAUUGGAUUUAUCUGGCAUAUAAAAGUUUUAGGAUACUAUUGAUACAGAAUUUUUUAAAUUACAGCCUACAUUCUUGGCAAAGACUGUUAGCAAGAGUGGAAGGGCAUCUGUUGCUUUAACUCAUCCAUCAUCCAUUUUUUCUCUUAUUUUUAACAUGUAAACACUAUUCUAAGCCCUAGAAAUAUAUACAUGAAUAAAAUGAAUAUUUUUUCUGCAUGGAAUUUGCAUUCCAGUGGAGAGAGACUAAGCUAAUAUAUAAAUCAUAUAACUGUUAGGGAAAAAGAAAUUGGUGUUCUUGCUUUGGGAACAGGUUACAGUAUUAAAUAUGGAGUCUGGUCUCAGAUUUGAGUAAAUACACACAAGAUGCUAAUCAUUCAAAUAUCUGUUGAAAGAAGAUUCUAGGCAGAAGGAAGAAUCAGUUGAAAGUGUAUAUAUAUAGAUACAUAUACAUAUAUUGUAUAUGUGUGUAUACACAUGCUUAUACAAUAUAUGGCUGCAACAUUAUCAAGCUCGGUCUAUGAGAGGAAGACAGAAAAUGACAACUACAGUUUGUUAAGUUCAAGGAUAAAGGUAAACAACAGGUACAGUUGAGUAGCUGAGGAAAGCUACAGCUUUCACGGAUGGGUAAUUGUAUUGACUUCUACUCAUAGAAUAUGCCAAGGAAAAGCAUCAUCAGAAUCAUCUGGGAACUUGGCAAAAUGCAAAGAUCUUCAGGCUUACCUGAGACCAGCCGAAUUAUUUGCAUUUUAACAGUACCCUAAGAUAAUUCAUAAAGAUGUUCAGUUUAAGAAUCCUGUUUUAAAGGAUUUUAGGAGUAGGGUGGGCCAUUCCAGAGGGCAGACAGAAUGUGAGUAAAGGGCUGGGAAAAGAAAAAAGAGAGAGAGAACAUGCCCACCAUUGCUCCCACCAAACCCUCCAUGCUGUAUGCUGAGAACUGCAGAAUGUUAGGGUUACUGGAGGAAAAAAAACAAAAACAAAAACCUGCGAUUACCUGGGAGGCAGUAAUGUGAGAGAGGAAAAUAGAAAAGGGUUUAUGAGCUAAUCUGGGCACUGAGAAUCUUUUUGUAGGUACUGGAGGCUCGUAAGCAAUUCGUCUAGUGAGGCAACAUGAUCUGCAUUUUAGCCAAGUCUUUGAAGUGGCCAGAUGAGGGAUUGUAAAGGCCUGGAUUACAUGCUGGUCACUUUCCCUCGCACUUAAAACAUCCCUGAAGUUAACUUAAAAGUUUGGGGUUUUGGGUUUGGGGUUUUGGGUUGUUUUUGUUUGUUUGUUUUUUGUUUUAACUGUAACUUUUAUGAAAGCAUGGUACAGAUUUAGAAAAAUAUCAAAACUUCUAAACACCUCCACCAGGACCAGUGUGUAAUUAAAAUGAGAAAUGUCAUACAAUAUUAUAAGGAUUUAUAAAAGCUAAACAUUUUUUAUUAAAGUCUACAGAAUGUUCUAUCAGAGUGAUGGCUUAUUAUUAAAUGUAAUACUUUUAGUAACCAUUAGGUCAAUCUGACUUUUUCAUGAACAUAAUGAACCAUAUUUGUACUAAGAGAGCUUUUAUGUUUU